AUGAAGAUUGGAAAGACUACAGAGAUCCUGAAGAAAGCGGCAGCGAUGUGCAAGAGCAAGACCACCAGGCUCCUCGUCCUCGCCUCGCUCCAGCGUUGCCGGAUGGCCGCUGCCGCCGUGGUUUCUCACAAGAUCCACACGCGCAUUCUGGCUGACCGGAAUAGAGUGGACUCCCACAAGCCUCUCACGAUGCGAACCAUCGAGAAGAGACCGGUGAUCGUCCAUGGGGGUGACUUGGUACUGGCAGGCAAUCUCUCUCAGCAGUUAGCGAUGUUAACUCAAGAGGAAGGUCAUGGUGGCUGCCCAGCUGACUGGACACUGCAUCCGCUCUUCAAUGACGACCAUAAUAACUUUUUUUACACUGAUGAUGAUGAUGUGCUACUGGAUGCGUGCGAUCAAGAAGACGGCGAUUUGCUCUCGGUCAUGGAUGUGAUCAGGAGCAACCGAGAGGUUGAGGGUUUGGAGUUCAACAGGGAGGAGGAGAUUGACAUGGCUGCCGAUAUGUUCAUCAGGAGGUUUCGGCAGCGGCUGAAUAAUGGAUUCUAG